CGCCAGGUGGCGCUCACAGUCAGAGAAGACGAGUCGCUGUUGUAGUGCUUCUGUGUGUUGUAACGGCUUUUCUUCUUUAAAUUCACGGCAAUUUUAUUUUAAUACAGACGGUUUGGCAAAAUAUAAACACCAAAGAAGAAGAAGACUAAACAGAGUCAUUACUCAAGCUGACUGCAUAAAGCUAACUGAGCAGAAGUAGAUCAGACUGAGGAUCAGACUGUUAUGGCGUCACUGGUAAACAGCAGUUCGUCCACCGAGUACGUCGUCCGAGUACCAAAGAACACAAGUAAGAGGUACAGCAUCAUGGCUUUCAACGCUGGAGACAAAGUGAACUGUUCCACAUGGACUCAGGCUCGGAUGGAGCGGGAUCUGAGUAACAGGAGGAUGUACGGUGAGGAGGAGACACCAGAGGGAGCUGCCGGCAGUGAGUUUGGUAAAAAACAUAGGGAGGAGGCACGAAGGAAGAAGUUUGGGAUCGUAACUCGUGAGUUUAAGGUAGAGGACCAGCCAUGGAUCCUCAAGGUGAACGGGAAAUCAGGGAGAAGGUGCGACUCCAUCAUGUUUAAGGGGCAGAAGAAAGGAGGCGUGACUGAGAACGCUUCAUACUACAUCUUCACACAGUGCCCUGACGGAGCAUUCGAGGCUUUUCCUGUUCACGCCUGGUACAACUUCACCCCGGUGGCUAAACACCGCACACUCACUGCUGAGGAGGCUGAGGAGGAGUGGGGCAGGAGGAAUAAAGUGGUGAAUCACUUCAGUAUCAUGCUGCAGCGGCGGCUGAAAGAGCAGGAACAUGGUGAGGAAGAGGAAGAGGAAGGGGAAAAAGGAGCGAAGAAGAAGAAGAAAAAAGGUGGCCAGGGAGGAGACCUGCGUAUUCACGACUUAGACGAUGAUCUGGAAUUGAGCAGUGAUAACAGUGACAGCAGCGCAGGUGAAGAAGGAGAAGGUCAGUCAAAGAGUAAGAAGGAGAACAGUUCAAAGUCCAAGGGGAAAAAGAAGAAAAAGAAGAAGGGCAGUGAUGCGGAGGGACAUGAGGACAGCGAUGACGGAGACUUUGAAGGUCUGGAAGUAGACUACAUGUCUGAUGAGAGCAGUUCUGAGGAAGAGGAGCUUGAGAAAAUUAAGCCUAAUAAAGGAGAGGACGUGCCUAAAGGAAUCGAUGAAGCAUCGGAGAGUGAGGAGGAGAGUGAGGAGGAGAACAAGAACGAGGAUGAGGCCAAAGAGGAGGAGGAGGAGGAAGAUGGCAAGAAGACUCCUGUACAGGUGGAGAAGAAGAAGAAAAAAGACAGCAGCGGAGAGUCCGACAGCUCUGAGGACAGUGACAUUGAGGGAGAAACGGCGUCUGCGCUCUUCAUGGCGAAGAAGCGCACGCCUCCUAAAAGGGGUGGUCGAGGUUCUGCUGGAAGUUCUAGAGCAGGAAGUCGUCCAGGAACACCUUCCAUCGACCAUGCUGCAACCUCCAACACACUGCGAGCUGCCGCAAGCAAACUGGAGCAGGGUAAGCGUCAGGCAGCCAUGUCCAGCUCAGACACUCCUGCUGCCAAGAGGCUGAAGAUGGAGCCGACUUCUCAGAGUCCGUCGGGAAAGAGCACACCACAACCAGCUUCUGGGAAAUCCACACCAAGCUCCAGGUAUCAUCUCACCUUCUUGCCAGAGCCCAGGCUGGUACCGCUUAGUGACGUGCAGCUGACCGAAGAGGCUGUGCGCCGUUAUCUGAUCAGAAAACCCAUGACCACUAAAGACCUGCUGAAGAAGUUCCAGACCAAACGCACUGGACUGAGCAGCGAGCAGACGGUCAAUGUACUCGCACAGAUCCUCAAGAAACUAAACCCAGAGAGGAAAAACAUCAACGACAAGAUGCACUUCUACCUCACUGAGUAGAGAGAGAGAGCGAGAGAUUAAAAACAGAAAUACAGGAGGCGGGGCCAAACACAAUGCUACACAACCACUCGAGUGGGGUCAUGAGGUGGAGCUGUACAGUAUCCAUGGGACUUUUGUUUCCUUACUUAAUUUUUUUCGGAUGCACUGGUGAACUAAUCAUUGUGUAAUAAGUAUAACAUGAAAUAUGAGUACAACACCAACUUCUUUUCAUUUGAGUUUGUGAAUGUAAUGAAGACUCUUUUCGUAAUGAAGAAAGUUUAUUUAUUUCCGGCUCUUCAGGAACGCUACAACUCGUCUGCUGCUUUUUUUUUAGUUUUAACAUGUUAAUUGUGAUUGGUCGAAGACUGAAUGUUUUAUUUAAAAAAAAGUCAACUGUCAAAAGGUCUGUUUUCAUUUCCUGGUUGAUGCGUGAAGAAGAGGAUUGAUUUAGUGCUUUAGGAGUUUGAUGGCUGUAGUGACUUAAGGCUCUGGGUUACUGAAAAGAAGGUUGAGUUUAAGCCCCAGCACCACCAAGCUGCCCUGUAAACACCUCUCCUAACCCUCUUCUACCCAGCUGGGAUCUAUAAAUAAGAUUUCACUGUAUGUGAUAAAUAAAGGUGUCCUCUAUU